CCACUCCACAGUCCGGCCUGAUGGGGAAAUGCCGCCGGCCCCGCACGGCCUUCACUAGCCAGCAGCUGCUGGAGCUGGAGAACCAGUCCCAGCUCAACAAGUACCUGUCCCGGCCCAAGCGCUUCGAGGUGGCCACGUCGCUGAUGCUGACGGAGACGCAGGUGAAGAUCUGGUUCCAGAACCGCAGGAUGAAGUGGAAACGCAGCCGGAAAGCCAAGGAGCAGGUGGCCCAAGCUGAGGCCGAGAAGCCAAGAGGGGUCAGCAAAGGCGGGGAGAAGCUGCUGCCCAGGGAGCUGAGGGGACAGGAGGAGGGCCCCAAACUCCCCAGGCACGACGCCAGCUUGGAAUUGCUGCGCCAGCGCGCCACACGGCUCGGCGCCAGCCCCGGCUCCUCCUGCUCCGGGGAGGAAGAGGAGGAGUUCAGCGCCAUGGACAGGAAGCCUGGCUCAGCCUGGUGAAGGGCGGCCCGGGGCGAUCACCCCAGAAACAGAGCAGGCCAGAGGCGGCGCGAGGGGCCG